ACUACAAUACCCGGCGUUCAUUUCGCGCGUGACGUCAGAAUUGAUUGAAUCGCUGGCGGGACAAACAUUUCCAGCACACGGUUCCAGUCGCGCGACGCUUCACAGCGUUAUAUAGUUUAUAGAGGUCGAAUGAAUACAUAAACCUACAAGAGUUACGUCGAUUUUGGAGUUAGUUUACAUACUUUACAGUGUGAGAAAUGGUGGCCAAGGGACAGAAGCGCAAACUCCGCAGGGAGGACGAGGGAGGAGGAUCUGCGUGGAAAAGCCAGCUGCAGUCCGUGUUGGACAUCUCCAUGGAUAAGUUCCACCGCGACCAGGCUCUCGUGGAGCCCUGCUUAUUACGGUCGGUUCUGAUCAACAACACACUGCGGCAGGUUCAGUCUGCGGUCCGGGCGCAGGUCGAAUCGCUGUCCGCUGUACCAGAGGCCGAUCUCCCCAGACGGUGUCCUCCAGCAGAGCAUCACACACCUCUGUUCUCGCUGAAUGCUGAAAAUACGGAUGACGAUUUCAUGGCCUGGACUUCAGACGAGGAUUUCUCUUUAUCUUCAGCCAUUUCUUCCAUUCUCAAAGAUCUAGACGCCGGUCAAGGGCCUUGUGCAUCUCAGCGGGCUCCGCUCAGCUCUGUAGAGAAUCUAACACAGUGUCCUCUAAAGACUGAAAGAACGUCUGACAUGGCAUCGACGGUCAAAACGGAGCUGAUGAUGUGUCCAGGCUGUCCUCAGGAUGUAGGUCUAGACAAACUUCUCCUAGACAUCGACACGGCUGUGUUUGAACCGGAGGUGAACCUUCUGCAGGGUUUCUCGGUCACAGCCGACGAUCUAGUGAAGUGUCUACCAUCCCUGUCCAAGUCCCCAUCCGCGUCCUCUUCCUCCUCUUUAGUCUCCCACGGUCAGGCCACGUGGGAAAUCCAGGAGAUAGAGCAUGUCAUGGACAUCCUGAUGCGAACGUACCCGCAAAGCUGAUUUUGAUGAUAUCGUGUUCCUGAUGAUAAACCGUUUUUAUGGAGGCAUCUCGACUGAAUAGCAUGAGGGGUUGAAUGAGACCGAUUAUGAUUCGCUACCUCAUGUUUACUAGCUUCUUGUGUUCAAAGUAGUUGAUCUCAGUGUCAGCUGACGGUUAGCAGCAGUCUUUGUCAUCUUGCAGAUCUCUUGUUCUGUUAAAGAAAUGAUCUUACAUGCAGAUUCAUUCAAAGUGUCAUUUAACAACUGUUACACACAGUUGUUUUGAAGCGAGUCCUUACAACUGUGCCACUUUUGUUUUAUAUUACUUUAUGAAAUGACGUUUUUCUUCAAAAUACGCACUUUCCAUCGAGUCAAAUCCUUGACUUUAAUAUGGAUCCUUACAUGGUUUGCAGGUUACCAUUUGGAGUGACCUUAACGUAAACAAAGGUCAUUAAAAUAUGAGAUUGUGUAUAUUUUUGGUUUAAAGAUAUUAUAAUGUGCAGUAAAUGUUACUUGAGCAUUAUGAAAGUACUGAUGCUGUUUCAGCAGAUGAACCUGUAGAUGCCUAUGCAAAAUAUUUACUAUGUCAGUAUGAAAUUAUAACGUGAAUAUUAAUCACUCUUUGUAUUCUAUUGUUAUACUUAAAAUAAAGUGGUACUUGGUGACAUCAAGUGGCCAAAUGAUGAAUUAUAUUUAAGAAACAGAAAGUUCCUAUACUAGAACAUGUC